AUGUCCUUCCUGCAGAACCAGGAUUCAAACACGGACUUCAUCCAGCUGCGCGCCAUGGCAGCCCCGAGAUCUGACCUGAACGCACCAGGCGGCAGCUCCUCGGAAGGCCAGAUCAGGGCGAGCGCCAAGUACCUAUUCGUAAAUAAUGUUGCAGAUUGCGCGGAUGAGAUCCUCGUGCAUGCGGCCUUUGAGAAAUACAACCUGAUGGAUGUGUACCUGCCCAGAUCCCACGAAACAGGCAAAAUAAAGAAGUUUGGAUUUCUUGCAUUUGCCAGUGAAGAGGAUGGGCUGCAAGCAUUGGAGGAGAUGGAUGGCUCAACGGCGCUGAACCCGAGCCACCCCAUCAGACUCAGCAUCAACACAAGCCCAAAGGUCGACGCCGACAAAAUGAUUGACCUGGACAUCCGGCGGUUGUACAUGGGCAACCUGCAGAGCGCCAUAAGCGAGGACGCAAUUUACAGCGCCUUCAAGAGAUACAAUCUGCAGAACAUCAGGCUGGUGACCGACAGGGAGACGGGUUUACCGAGGGGCUUUGGAUUCCUGACCUUCGGGACAGCACAAGAGGCAAAGAGGGCGCUGACUGAAAUGAAUCAGAGGCCAUUUCCGGGCACCUCAUGGAGCAUCAAGCUGGGAGUUGACAAGGAUCCGGUCCCCCCGCCGCCUCAGAUGCCCAUGCGCUCGGCCUCGUCAGCAUCCAGUCACCACGCCGACCGCUCCGAGAGCCCCGGGAUGCGCACGCAGCAGGUUGUGAGCAGGCUGCAGGACAGCUACACAAUCGUCAGCGGAGCACCCGACAAAAACAAGGGGGAAGUCAAGAAGGAGGUCAAGAAGGAGCCAGCCAGCCGCCAGCCCACUCCACUGGGAAGCUCCAAGAGCCAGGGGACAAAGGGGCCAGGAAAGGGCGCAGUAAAGGCGCCGGUAGGCAGAAAGGAGCUGAGCGCAGCAGACAGCAACCCAUUUGCAUGCCUGGCCCCUGACAGCGUUUAA